AUGUCUCAGCUACAAGGACCUGAUUACCCGCAACCUCUUGCACCGCCAGCCGCUGAUACGGUCUGCUUACUUCACCCUUUGAAGGCUCAGAAUCUUGAUAUCAAACGUAUUGAAGCUAAAUAUGAGGAAGAGCGAGCCAAACGCCUUCGAUCCGAUGGCAUAGCACAGUUUCAAUCCGCCAAGGGCUCAUUUUCUCGAUUUAAAGAUGACAUCGGCAGGGUUCCGAUAACCAGGGAGAGUGUCACUCGCGAAACAAAGACAUUGAUUGUUGGAGGUGGAUUUGGAGGUGUUAUAACGGCAGUUAAGCUGAAGGAGCAGGGCAUACAUGAUUUUGUCAUGUUGGACAAGGCGUCAGGAUUUGGUGGAACAUGGUACUGGAACCAAUAUCCAGGAGUAUACUGUGACGUGGAGUCAUACGUCUAUCUUCCUUUCUUAGAGGAGACUGGCUAUCUGCCCACGACUCGUUUCGCAUCUGGGCCAGAAAUCCUCGAACACAUUGGCCGAGUUGUAGAGAAAUGGGACCUGGCAUCGAACGCGUAUCUUCAAACACAAAUAACUUCUAUGCUGUGGGACGGCAAAAUUUCUCGAUGGCACAUCCAUACAAACCGAUCUGAUCAUUUCAUUGCACAGUUCGUUGUCAUGGCAACUGGUACGCUUCACGAACCCCAGCUUCCUGGAAUUCCCGGCAUUGAUGAAUUUGAACGCCCUCUUUUUCACCUUGGUAGAUGGGACUAUAGCGUCACUGGCGGAGAUAGCAAAGGAGAUAUGACAAAAUUGGCUAAUAAGACGGUCGGAAUCAUUGGCACUGGAGCAUCAGGCGUAUCUGUCAUCCCCAUGUUGGCCGAAAGUUCUGGGAAACUUUUAGUUUUUCAGCGAACUCCGGCAACCGUUGCUUUUCGCGAAAACUGGAAAACUGACCAUGAUUUACUCUCUAACCUAAAGCCAGGCUGGCAGAGAGAUCAAAUGGACACUCUCGCCAGUGUGCUUGAAGGAAGCAUGUCAGACGUCGAGGUCACGGCGCUAGAGGGUCUGGAUGUUCUAGCCAUCCGAGGGCUGUUCCAGGAAGCCAAAAAAGCUGGAGUAGAAGUGAAGCCAGAAGAAAUACCUGAGUUGAUGAAACUGGCAAACAUACGAUUGAUGGAACGUCUUCGCAAACUUGUGGAUGAGACGGUAGAAGACAAGUCGACAGCAGAGAAGUUGAAACCGUGGUAUUCGUUUAUGUGUAAACGACCGGUUUUCAAUAACGAUUACUUGGCCACAUUCAAUCGGCCGAAUGUCAAAUUGAUCGACACGGAUGGAAAAGGUGUAUCUUAUCUCACAAAACGAGGUGUCAUGGCUAAUGGACAAGAGCAUGAGGUAGAUGUUCUCGUACUUGCGACAGGCUUUGAGUUCUAUCUGGCGUCAGACUACGAGCAUCGAACUGGAAUCAAGAUUGUAGGGAGCUCAGGUAAAACACUCGAUGAUGAGUGGAGAGAGGACGGACCUAAGACUCUCUUCGGCAUUCACCUUCGAGGCUUCCCCAAUCUUUUUAAUGUUGGAGCUGUACAAUCUGGUGUAGGAGUGACUUGGACGCACACCACGUACGUAGCAGGAGAGCAUAUCGCUGAGGUCAUCGCAAGUGUGCUGAAGAAGGGACGCUUUGAAGUGAUUGAACCAACAGAGGAUGCUGCAGCGGACUGGGGAAAUCAGAUAAAGGAAGGCGGUGAGAUGAAGAUUAACUUUCAUCGAACUUGUACUCCCAGCUAUUACAACGCUGAGGGAAAGCCUGAGCAGUAUUCUGCAAGAUGGGGAACGUAUCCCAAGGGAAUGACGGAAUGGACGAGGAUUCUUAAAGACUGGCGAGAAGAGGGAAACAUGAAGGGGAUUGAGAAGCAAUAA